AUGGAGGUGACCACCGUGUCCCCAUCUCCUGCCUCACCCACUGAAGGAGACAAUCUCUGUGAGAUAGAUGUCACCAAUGUGGCCAAACACAGUGUGACACUGCUCAUCUGCCUCUGUGGGCUGGCUGGGAACGGGGCUGUCCUCUGCCUCUACAGCCUGGAAAGUCACACCUAUGCCAUCUUUGACCUGGCUGUCAUCGACUUCAUCUUCCUACUCCUCACACUCCCCUCUGCCCCCUCUCCUAUUGUGCCCUUGAUGUACGUGAGCUUCCUUUUCCAGCUGUCAGUGAUCUCCUACUUCUGGGGGCUGUACCGGCUGAUGGGCAGCAGCUCUGUGAUCCAUGUUUACAAGCUCUUCCAGCUCUGCUGCCAUGGUGAACUUCCCAUGCGUCUGUGGUGGGUUUUGGACAGUGUCCAACGCUGGGCCUUCUUAGCUCUCUUCACUGUCAUUCCCAUGAUGACAUCCCUGUGCCCGUCCCACGAGCAGGAGCACUGCCGGGCAGCUCUCAUCUCCAUCUACGCUGUCAUCCUGCUCCUCUUUGCUGCACCCGUGGUCAUUUCCCGUGCAAUCGACAUCAUUACAGCAACACGUGGCUCCAAGAAGCAGGAACCCAAGAGGCGACACGUCGUUGUCUUCAUCAUUGUGCUCUUCACUCUCCUCCUCUGCCUCUGCAAUUUCCUACAGCAGCUCGGAUAUUUCCCUGUGUCCUCUGAGGUGUUUUUCCUGCUCACUUGCAUCCACAGCAGCAUCAAACCCUUCAUCUACUUCCUGGCAGGGAGGUGCUGGAGUCCCUGCUCCAUAGGGUCCCUCCGACUCUCACUCCAGAGGGUUUUUGUGGACAAGGAAGAAAAAACUGACUGCAGCGAUGAUGAAAACACAGACACGAGGGUCUGAUGCUGUUGAUCCCUUCCACUGCUGUGCUGCAGGACCUCAGCACAGGUUUCCUUGAGUCACCUGAUUAAUAAAUAUCCACAGCUUCACCCUCCCUGUGCUGGUGUGCUCCUGCAGGAGAAGGGAGCAGGGACAUUGCCAGGGACAAUGUGGGAGGGAUGCUUUGCCAUAGACACAUUGGAGCAUGGCUUUCCUCCUCCCUGCCAUGCCCCCAUGGCUCCAGGCAGUGCAGCUGGGCUCAGUGCUGUUCCCCAGCUCUAUUCCCCAUGGAAUGACCCUCAUUGCCUCAGCCCCAGGGAAUGAACUCCAUCUCCUUUGGCUACCCACAUGAGUUUCAUGGUGUUUUGAGGAAUCUCCUGCCUGCAAAGACUGUGAUACACUAAUUAAUGCCUGGGGACACACCCAGCACUGGGUGGUGCUGAUUUCCAAAAUCCCUGUGGGUCUGGUGCCUCUGGAUGUCAGGAGAGGAGUUGGGAUCACAGGGAUCCUCCUUCCCCUUCUGUCCAGCAGAGCCAGCCCUGCAUUUCCAGCUGAUGGGAAGAGACAGCAGGUAGGGCUGCAGAGCUGGGCAGGGACAGCAACAUUCCCUUGUACUUUCAGUGGGAAUCUGUCACAUUCUUUAAUUCCAGGAUUGACUUGUUCUGAGUAAAGUGCUGGGUCAAAGGUGCCAUGCACUAAACCCUUGUUCCUGUGACCAAAAAGAUCUUUCAGCAUGCAAUUUCACAUCUGAGUGGGUCUGUCCUUCCUGUCUCCUGUUUUCCUCUCAAUUGGAAAGCAGAAACAUUCAAUGGUACAUGUCUUUUGGUUGAAAGAACAACUCAGGGAUCCCUCCCAAUACAGGUAUGGAAGUCUCAUAAUCCUCUGAUGUACUUUUUCCGCUUCAAAGCACCUUCCUUAUAUCCAGUGUCACACAGGCCAUUCCCUACCUGAAUUUCCUGUUUUCCAUGGACGCCCAGAAUGUUUUGGGCUGGUAAGAUUGUUAAAGGCCAUCCUUCUCCAACUUAAAAGACAGCCCACAGCACCAAACUCCCUGUGCACUUUGGGAAAGCCUUCCAGGGGCCAUCCCAAGCACCUGCACACUCGCCUGCAAAACACAGCUCAGUGUCAAGCCUCCACAGGGUCUUCCCAUGCAUAACAACCUGCUGGAGAUGGACAGGAUUCACCCAGGAAUUUUCUGCACUGCUGUGCCGAGAUCUCUAAUCCACCUACAUGCUGUUUUUAAGCAAACACCCCAAUCAAAUCCACUGGGAAAAGCUCUCAGCCCUGGUGACUCGAUUUGAAUAUUCCACAGGGUAUGGAAGCUCAUUUCUGAGACAGAAAAAUCAAUUUCUAAUUCAGACUUGUUGAAUUGGAAAGACUCAAAGCAAAGAUUUCAAAGCAAGAGCUAUCCUGGGUGUCCUUUCCCAUGGCAGAAGGGUUGGAAUGCAAUGAUCUCUAAGAUUCUUUCCAACUCAAUCCAUUCCAUGAUGAUUCCUCAUGUCAUCCAGAAUCCACUCCAGGCAGGAGUUCCCCUGCUGCACACAGCACCAGCCGGACAGAGCUCAAGGAGUUUUGGACAAUGCUCUCAUACUCUUGGUUUUCCCUUUUCCCUCCUGUGGAAUUUUCCCCAUUGCCAUGCUAAGAUACCUGUGGAUUAGGUCUGAGUGGCAGGGGGAAGGGGGUAGGGGAAGGAAGAGGGAAACCCCUUGAUGUCCAAACAUCCAGAAGAGCAGACGGAAGGCUCUGGCUGGGCCCCAUUUUUCCCCCCGCAGAGUUCGGACGGGAGGACGAGAAGGACGAUCGCCGCCUCAGCCCCAUCCCUGCCAUCCUCACUGCUGUUGGACCCUGCCCUGCUGCCUUCUCACUGUAACCUGCCACCAUCCAGCACUCUGCUGAGCACCAGGACCCACACCGUGAGCGGAGAGCUCUCUCUCCAUCUCUCUCUCCCCCUGGGACAGCGCUGCCAUCACCCCCAGCCCUCCUGCAGCUCUGCAGGACCCGCCCGCCCCCAGCACCGGGAACUGCAGCUCAGGGAAAAGGUGCCUGCAGCCAAAAA